AUGGGUGACUCCUACAGGGGAUCCCGCGCCUACCGGGACCGCGACGACAACGACGAAGACGACCGCUUCAGAAGCACCACCGUCACCCGCUACAAGGUGGCCCCCAGCCGAGCUGGCGAUCGCUACGAACGCAGCGAGAGGUUCGACCCAGCCGACGACGACCGUCGCUCCCGCUUUUCCGCCCCUCGUCCCUCGCCCGACUUUCUCGAUGAACGCCGCUCUCAGGCUGCCCUGGAACGUCCCCGCUCCGAGUAUGAGCCCACCAUGGCCGACCGCCCCCGCUCCCUCUACUAUGAGCGCGACGUUGAGCGUGACGUUCGCCGCGAGCCCGACCGGUCUCGCAUGUCUGUCUACGACGACUGGGACCGCCGCUCUUAUCGGGACCCCCGGGAACCCCGCCACGACGACGAGAUCAAGGUCGAGAGGAAAAUCGAGGAGCGCAUAGACGAUGACCUCGGCCACGAGGUCGAGCGCUACCGCAAGGAGACCGAGUAUUACGUCCCCGCCGACCCGGCUCCUGCCCCCGUCAUCAUCCGCCAGCAGGCCCAGGAGCCCCAGAAGAUCAUCGUCCAGGAGGCACCCUCCCCGGCUCCUAUCGUCGUCCCUCGCCAGCAGCCGGGCGUCGUCGUCCUCCGUGACAGGGAGCAGGACCGCAACAUGGUCCGCAGGGAGCGGGACCCCUUCGACGAGGAGUACUACUACCGCCACGAGCGGCGCGACCUUGGCCCUUACCGGGGUGACCGCGACUACACCGUUUCUCGCUACGAGCGCCGCCGCAGGGAUGACGACUACUCCUACUACAGCGACGACGACGACUACUACGUCCGUCGCACCGUUGUCCGCCGCGAACGCAGCGAGAGCGCCCACCGCCACAAGCGUGAGCUGGCCGAGGGCGCCCUCGCCGGCGCCGGCCUCACCGCCCUCGUCUCCAGCCGCCGCGACGGGUACGGCGAUCUCCCGGAAAACAGGGGUCGCAAGGUGCUUGCCGGCGCAGCCCUCGGCGCCUUGGGAACCGAAGCCCUCCGCCGCGCCCACAGCGCCUAUGGGGAACGCUGGGGGGACGGUCGCGAGUCGCCCGACCAUCACUCGCGCUUGAGAAAGGGUCUUGGCUUCGCUGCCGUUGCCCUGGCCGCUGCAGGCGCCGCCAAGUAUUACCAGUCCAACAAGGUCGAUAAGGAGGAGGCGCAUCGCGGCCGGAGCCUAACCCGUGGCGGCUACUACUCCGGUGAUAACUACUCCCGCUCAGUCUCACGCAGCUCUCGCUCUCGCUCCCGAUCUCACACACGUAGCCGCCGCCGCCGCAGCCUCUCCACCGUCGCCAAGGCAGCACUCGGCACAGCGGCCACGGCGGGCAUCGUCAAACAUUUCAGGGACAAGUCCAAGUCUCGGUCCCGCCAUGGGAGCCGCUCCCGCUCCCGCUCCCGCAGCAAGUCCAAGAUCCGCCGCGGAGCAGAAAUCGCCGGUGUCGCUGCCGCUGCCGGCGUUGCCAACAAGCUAUGGAAGGACCAUCAGGACAAGAAGGAGGCUCGCACCCGUAGCGUCAGUGGUGAGGAUGAUCGCGGUCGCCAUCGCCGAUCGCGAGACCGGGGCGUGAGCAGGAGCCGGAGCUGGGGUCGGAGCCGCAGCAGGUCCAUGGCCAGAUCCCCUGUCUCACCUUCUGGGGCUGAUCCUGAGCUAGGCUUAGUUGAGUACGGAGGCGGACCCCUGCCGUCGGAGCCCUCGUCUGCCGUCGAGCGGGACUAUGAUGCCCGGGACGAGGAGAGAAGGCGCCGACGACGCAGGCGGCGCGACCGCACGCCGUCCUCGUCCCCUUCGGACCAAGAGCGGAAGCGGAGCAGGAGUAGGCUGAGGAACAUGGCAGCUGCCGGACAUCCAGAAGAGCGGAGGGAAGAAGGAUACUUUGACAACCGUCGCAGUCACCGCGCGCAGUCCCCCCCCAUGGCCUCUGGCGGCGCCUACUAUCCACCAUACCCUUCAACCCCCGGCCCGGCCCCGGGCGGGCCCGACUACGCACCGUAUCCAGACCACUCGGGAGCCCCGCCACGUGAGUAUCAGCCGUAUAUACCCCAAGACUAUACCGGCUACGCUCCGCCAGCGCCUCCGGGCCCACCACCGCCGGGCCAGCCGCCGGGGCCUGAGCCGAGCAUCGACGGACGAUAUCCUCCCGCCCCCCCAGGACCACCACCGCCAGGGCCACCGGGACCUGCGCCUCCUCCUGGUGGCGGGCGCCCACCAGACCAAGUGAGUGACCAUUCCCGACGCCGACACAGCCGCCGCGCCGCAAGCGCAGCAGAGGAUGGUGUAACCUCGCCUUACUCGGCGUAUUCGAGCAAGGGCCCGCCCUCGGCCACAAAGUCGGUGUCCUUUAUCCCGCUGUCGCCUAAGAGCUCCCGCACCAUGGAGCGGCACAGGAGACACCAUGCCGCUGCGUCGGACAAGGAUGACGACUCGCCCGAGCACGACGAUGACGAGCCGCUCGACAACGGCCGCACUCGACCAGCGUUCCGUCGGCGGCGUUCUUCCGAUCCCUCCUCAGAUCGGCCCGUCGUCCCUCGAGGGCGUCAGGGUCUGAGCGACUCCGACUCGGAAGACGACGUCGAGCUGCUACCCGACAGGUUUGACUCCCAGGGGAAACCCCUUGGCGGCCGCCCCGCUCGCGACAGGUGGACCACUCGCAAGGGCACGUUUGAGCGGCAGCCGCGGCAACCCGGGGACUGGGACGUUAGGGGUGCGUGGCAGGUGGGCGGUACCGACGGGGAGGCGGUGGACCGGCUGGUGCACAACGUGACGGGCGCGCUCGAGGGCCGGCGCAGCUGGAUGAGCGUCCUUGGUGACGUGCUCGGCGGCGCGGGCUUCCUGCCGCCUCUGCCGCCGCAGGCUGAGGACGAGGCCAGGCGGCGUGACGCGGGUGGCGAUGAUGACGGCGACGACAAGAGGCCGCGGCGGGGGAGGCGGCGAUGA